GUACAAUUUGUGUUCAUUUCUCUUUUCUCUCUCCUCUCUGCUCCUCUAAUUCUCUCUCCUAUAAGAUCUCCAGUCAGUCAGUCGAAGUCUUGAAGAGUCGAAGUCGACCAUCGAGCAAACUGCCACCGACCGAACUCGAGACACGACCGCCGACGCGGCGACGCAUUCAAUUCGAACUUCGAAGUUCGACUUCGGCACUUCGCCGACCUAGUUUUGAGUUUUCUCCAUUCAUUCGAACCAAUAAGUUAAUGUUUCUUGCAAAUAGGAAGAAUAUUGACAAACCUCGUUGCAAGGGGUAAGACUCGAUCAAAAGAUAAAUCGCAUCUGAUGUGUACCCCCAUAAGGGAUAGAGAAAAUAAGUUCGUAACCCUAACCCUCCAAAUUUCAAUCCUUAGAAUUUGCUGCGAUUACAAAGAGUAGAAGCUUUAAUGCCUCAUAGAACAAGGCCUAUGACAGCACUGCUUUUAUUUACAGGCUUGAAUGUGGUUUUGGUGUCAUCAAUUACACCUGUUUAUGAUUAUGUGUGUUUUCAUCCUUAUUGGGAACGAAGGAUUGAAUUGAUUGCAGAGAGAAACGCGUCGUAUGGAACGCGAAGCUUCCAUGAGAAAGGACUCUAUGUCGGCUUAGUCCCAGCUUCAACAGUAAGCUCCCUCUUAUUAUAGACGAAUCAAUCAGAGGACCAAGUGUCAGAGAUGGGUUGCAUUCUGCAGUACUGAUAUGACACAUCGACAAAACGAGCACUAGCAAAAUGAAUUUUUUCUUCACAACAGCUUACAGUUAACAGAAGUAGCUUAUCGGCUCCUGUGAGUACCAAACUUCCCUUUGUGUAUCCCAGAAUCUUAAGCUUUAGUCCUCGAAAUUUAACAGUCUGUCUUGCAACUGGUCUUGGCUUCCUUAUUACUCUUGUAAAUACUUUUGAUGAUGAUUAUAUAGAUUUAUCCAUUUUGAUCCU